AUGAGGAUAUUAUUGGAGGCUGCAUUCUUGUGGUGUAUUUAUGGGGACGAUUUUCCCAGAGGAGUUAAUGAAAGAAGCUUCAAUUUCACACUCAAUCACUGUUUCAUCAUUGUGUUUGCAGUGCUGAUAAAUAAAGUGUGUCUGCAGGUCACAGUCGAGGGGGUUAUUGGUGGUUGUGUUGUCCUGCCAUGUUCUUCAGCUCAACAUGAUCUUAAACUUCAAGAUAUUGAUGUGCACUGGAGAGACACAAAUGACAAAAUUGUUUAUAGUAUAAUCAAGGGUAAACAUUCAGUAGCGGGACAAGACCAACGGUACAAGAACAGAGCUGAAACUUUUCCUGAUGAGUAUCAGAGAGGAAACUUCUCCCUUAAACUCAACAACCUUCAACACACCGAUGCAGGAAAAUACACCUGUUUCAUCACACCCUCAGACGAACAAGAGACUGCAGAGCUGAUCCUCAAAGCAGAAACAGGACACAACCCCAGUGAUCAAGGAAACCACGGAGAAGAUUCAGGAGCAAACAGUGUGGGCAAAUCAGGGCCUUUGCUCUGGGUUUGCAUUUUAGCUAUUUACUACUAUUAUCUUUAACAGGGCUUAUAGUCUGUUUAAUCAAAAUUCACUUGAGAAAAAAAAAAUAAUAAUUUAUUAUAUUAAGAUUAAUUGGGUCUGGUUUAUUAUUCAUUCAUUCAUAUUUUAAUAUGCUGUAUUGAUUUUUUAUACAGUGCUGCAAUUCCAUAGGCUAAUGCAGACGGUCCAGAGUGUCCGGUUCACAAAUGAAUAUUCUUUCGAACUGGUUCUUUUUAGUGAACUAGAUCGGACUGGAUCAGUCCACAGCUCAAGCAGAUCUACAAAUUCCUAAGUCAAAAUUUACUUUCAGAUGUGCCACACAGUCGCCUCGACUGAAAAUAUAAACUAUAACAAAAAAAGAUAGAAAGUGUGGAUGGCCAUUUGUCAAUUUAAUGUGUCUGGCUUCCAGUCUCCUCCAUUUACCGCUAUUUUUAGAUUUACAAAACAGCUCAUUUUGCUUCUUGUUCUUGCAAACUGGUGUUUCUUACCAUAUUAUGUUAAUGUUUUAUCUUAACUAUCAACACACUGGUUUUGUCAGACUCUGCUCCGUGUUUUGUGUGUGUUUUGCUCCUUGUGUGCCUUCCUUGCCCUUAUUUGGUUUUACUGUUCCUGUCCUCGUUCAGUUCUAAUUUUCAGGUGUAUGUCAUUAGUUAUCUCAUAAGCUUCUGUCCAUUUAAACCCUGUGUUUCCGAGUGUUUCCUGUUGGCUCUUAAAUGUCUUCUGAGUUCCUGAGUUUACCCAUUGUUAAUUAAAUUCCAUGUUUAAAGUAUUGUCCAGCAUCUCCUUGCUCCUUGUACCUCGUACCUUCCUCCCCGAGGGAAACGUGACCGGUUUGUAAUGAGCCAGAAGUCUCGCACAUUCACAGAAAGCAGCUUACCUCCGAAUUGAAGAAUAAGAUGGAUAGAGAAUGUGAGGAUACAU